UCACCCAAAAUAUCUCAAUCACCCUCACACACAAAUAUUACUCACCACAUUCUACUCUUUAUAUCUCAGAGUAGAGCUUUGGAAAUGCUUAGAGUUGAUAGAAUGAUGCCUAGUAAUGAUUUUUUCAUCUGGGUUCCUCUGCUUUUCCUCUGUUCUUCUCUGUUGCUUCUUAAAUCCAUAAGAAAAGAGGCAAAACCCAACAACAAGCUUCUUCCUCCAUCCCCUCCCAAGCUUCCUUUGUUGGGCCAUUUGCACCUCCUUGGCUCCCUCCCUCAUCGCUCUCUCUCUCAGCUUUCAAAAAAAUAUGGCCCCGUCAUGCUCCUCCAACUCGGCUCUGUCCCAACCAUCGUUAUCUCCUCUGCCGCCGCUGCAAAAGAGUUGUUUAAGUUCCACGAUCUUGCUUCUUGCAGCCGCCCUCGCUUAACGGGUAGUGGAAGACUUUCAUACAACUUCUUGGAUCUAAAUCUAUCACCGUACGGUGAACGUUGGAGGGAACUACGGAAGAUUUGUACGCUUCAGCUCUUCACUGCUCGGCGGGUUCAAUCUUUUUGGGAAAUUAGAGAAGAGGAAGUGGGGCGCCUUGUAAACUCCAUCGCUCAAUCCUCUUCUUCUUCAUCUCCAAUUGAUCUGAGUGACAAAUUGUAUUCUCUCACUGCAAAUAUAACAACAAGAGUUGCUUUUGGCAGCAUCUUCAGCGGGGGAAAGCUAGAUGAUGAAUACUUUCAACAUGUUAUCAGGAGAGCAGUUGCAGCAAUUGGAAGCUUCUCGAUGACCGAUUUCAUUCCUACUUUCGGUUGGAUUAUUGAUCGGUUAAAUGGUGUUCAUGGGAGGCUGGAGAAGAGCUUUGCUGAAAUGGAUGCCUUUUUUCAACAUAUAGUCGACGAUCGUAGAAACUUCAAGAAGACGUCUAAGAAUGAAGAAAACAUUGUUGAUGUUUUGUUGAGAAUGGAAAGGGAAAGCUCUGAAGUAACCCAAGAUUGCAUCAAAGCACUUAUCAUGGAUAUAUUUCUAGCGGGAGUAGAAACAGGGGCAACCACCAUUGUUUGGACGAUGACAGAGCUAGUUAGGAACCCAAGAGUGAUGAAGAAACUCCAAGACGAGAUUAGAAGUUGCAUAAAAGAAGAUUUAGUGAAAGAGAUCGACUUGGAAAAACUUGAGUAUCUAAAAAUGGUAGUGAAAGAGACAUUCAGAUUGCAUCCACCGAUCCCACUUCUACUUCCAAGAGAAACCAUAUCCCCUUUGAAGCUCAACGGUUACGAUGUCGAUUCCAAGGUUCAUCUUCACAUCAAUGUUUGGGCUAUCGGACGAGAUCCACAAUCUUGGACUGACCCAGAAGAGUUCUUUCCCGAGAGGUUUAUAGGAAGCAAUAUCGAUUAUAAAGGACAGAACUUCGAGUUAAUACCUUUUGGAAGCGGGCGAAGAAUUUGCCUUGGGAUGAAUAUGGCAACCCUUACGGUGGAGUUGGCACUGGCUAACUUGUUGCUGUCCUUUGAUUGGAAACUGCCCAAUGGAAUGAAAGAAGAAGAUGUUGAUAUGGAAGAGGUCGAUGGUCUUUCGGCUGCCAAGAAAUCACCCCUUAGGCUUAUUCCAGUCCCCUACUUUUAGCUAAUUUUAAGUUUGGAGUUUAUGGUUGUCCAAUGGAAUUAAAGUACUCAAAU